UCUCUCUCUCUCUCUCUCUCUCUCUCUCUCUCUCUCUCUUUCUGUAUCUCUUUUUCUUUUUCUCUGUGUCUAUAUCGAAACGAUACCUUACACGUACGGGAAGAACAAAAGUGAUGAAAAAUUUGUCGUGAAUCGAUUUUAAACAGAUAUUGAUUAUUGACAAACAGUGGUGAACGAACAAUCUCAAAGUGUAAUUAAUAUAGGUGAAUAUAAAAUGUUUUUCAUCGUGGUCCUUUCAACUUUUUGUUUAUAAAAAGUUGAAAAAGAUAAGAAAGAAAGGAUAGGAAAAGAAGAGGAAAGGAUCGGUGAACAUUGAUGAAAAUUCUUUUGAGAAUAUAUGAUUAAGAAAUAAGAUAGAGGAAAACGAUCGUUGGAGUUUCGGGAGGUUCUUAAUAAGCGUGUGGAUAGACAUGACGAAGAAUUAAUGGUGUUACCCUGAUGACGUACGUAUAGUCUCAUAGAAGCGUAGAAGAGUAAGAAGGAGAAGUUCGUGAUUGGUGCAGCUUAGCCCUACGGAUUGCUCCGAAAAUAAUCGUCGUAUUUUUACCAUCGUUUUUAUAUCCACUUGGGUCAACCGACAUAUCGUUAAUCUUUAUUAGAAGAAACGUUUCAAUAAGAGAAGACUGCGAAUGUGAAAGACUGAUUUUAAAAAAGUGAUCGUUCCAUCCAUGACCGUCUAAAAAUUUCUAGUAAUAAUCUAGAAUCGUUUACACUUUGCCGUCUAAAUCGUUGAAGAGAGACAAAUAAUCACGAUUUGGAAAUACGAUCCUAACAAAAUCAUUUAGAUCGUACAAAAUCAUUCGAAUAACACGAAAAUUUCUUUGAUCUGUGUGCCUGUAUUUCAAAUAACCGUCCUAUCGAUUGAUAAGAAUUUGUUUGAAAGACAAAAAGAUAAGUGAUAUAAAAGGAUCAAAAGACUGAAUAAGAAAAAAGGAAUUGUCGAAAGAAUCGUUCGUAAAGAAAAAAAGAAAAAAAAAAUUCUUUGAUAUAAUUAUUCGUGAUAACAGUGCUGUGCUACUACUACUACUACUACUACUGAAGACACGGUGAUAAGUGGUGGGUGAUGAUAAGUGACCCACCGUUUCGAAUGAAGUGGUUUUAGGAUGAUGGUGGAGCGUGUCGAGGAUCACCUCUUCAUGUAUCGACGCCCCGUCUACCGGGUCUUCCAGUACCUCGAAACCACCGACCAUGAGGGGAUGAGCACUGGGACAGGAGAUGGAGGUGGAAGCGGAGGUGGUGGUGUACAGGGUGGUGGAGGUGGAAGAAAUACACCACCUCAUGGAUCGCCCACCCCCAUGGACAAGGCGACCUUGAAGGUCCAUUUACCCAACGGUGGCUUUAAUGUUGUCAAAUUCGGUGAUGCUAUCGACGUCAAAGGGAUCAUCUCGUUGGUAACAAGUCGACUCGCCGUUGGUACCAGACAUUAUCGAAAUCUCUAUGCGAUGAGAUUGCAUCAUCCAGGAUCUGGUGAGAGUUACUGGUUGCAUCAAGAUACCACAAUGUAUCAGGUUCAAGAAAAGUAUGAAAAGAAACAUCCUCAUUGCGAGUGGAGGUACGAACUCAGAGUACGAUAUCUACCCCAAAAUCUGAACGAUCUCUACGAGAAAGACAAAGUUACAUUUUACUAUUAUUAUGAUCAGGUACGAAACGACUACCUGUAUGCAAAUCAUGCUGCACUGGAUCAAGACGUAGCCGUUCAAUUAUGUUGCUUAGAGAUACGUUAUUUCUUCAAAGACAUGCCACAAAUGGCUCUCGACAAGAAAAGCAACUUGGAAUAUUUAGAACGAGAGGUUGGCUUACACAAGUUUCUUCCACGGUCCGUGUUAAACGGAAUGAAGCCAAAGGCACUUCGAAAGCUGAUACAGCAACAUUUCAAGAAAGUAGCUGCUCUUUCGGAGUUAGAAUGCAUGUUCAAGUUUUUUGAUUUGCUUCGGGCACAUUAUAGGUUCGACCAGGAAAGAUUCAUUUGUGCAUUGGGGUCAAGCUGGUCCAUUCCUGUUGAACUAGUCAUCGGUCCCGAUCUCGGCAUAUCUUAUAUGGCUCAUCGAGGUGGAACGGUGCCGACUAGAAUGGCGGAGUUCUCACAAAUACAAUCAAUUCAAACGCUGGUUUCUGACUGCAAAGAACAUGCCAAAGCAUGUAUCAAAUUAAGAGUCGCUGGAGCAGCUGAGACGCUGAGCAUAACUUGCUCGAGUUUGGACCAAGCGGAGAGUCUUGCUGAUUUGAUAGACGGUUAUUGUAGACUAGUGACUGGCAGUAAUACUUCGUUAUGGAAUAGAAAAGCUGCAUCGUGGAAAAAUUAUCCCUGUCCAUGCAAAGAUGCACAUCCUCCAAAAUAUAGACAAGAUGGUUUCAAUAGUCCUGAAAAAAAUGUGAGCAAAACAGGAACGAUUCUGUCUGAAGAUUAUGCAGAGAUCGUAGACGAGGAAGGAGAUUAUUCGACUCCAGCUACACGUGAUUAUGAAAUAGUCCGUAAUCAAGUAGAACUGGGUGAGAUUAUUGGAGAAGGUCAAUUUGGUAAUGUUCACAAGGGAUCGUAUAAAGGUAGAGACGGACAAACUAUAGCUGUUGCUGUGAAAACGUGUAAAGUUGACGCGGACCUUGCUACUGCUGAAAAAUUCCUCGAAGAAGCAUACAUCAUGCAACAGUUUGAACACCCUCAUAUAAUUAGACUCAUUGGAGUAUGUUCCGAAGCGCCGAUCUGGUUGGUCAUGGAAUUGGCAAGACUUGGAGAGAUGCGUGCAUAUCUUCAAUCUAACAAACAUCGAUUAGAUCUUGCGACUCUUUUACUCUACACAUUCCAACUUAGUACCGCUUUAUCGUACCUCGAGAGUAAAAAAUUUGUGCACAGAGAUAUCGCAGCUAGAAAUGUAUUAGUUUCUUCGCAUAAUUGCGUCAAGUUAGCAGACUUCGGACUGAGUCGAUGGGUGGAGGAUCAAAGUUAUUACACCGCAAGCAAAUGUAAAUUACCGAUCAAGUGGAUGGCUCCGGAGAGUAUAAACUUUCGAAGAUUUACUACUUCGUCCGACGUUUGGAUGUUCGGUGUUUGUAUGUGGGAGAUACUGAUGUUAGGUGUGAAACCAUUCCAAGGUGUAAAAAAUAACGAAGUCAUUCGUAAGUUAGAAAAUGGUGAAAGACUAGCGCUUCCUAAUCACUGCCCACCACGUUUGUAUUCCUUGAUGUCUCAAUGUUGGAGUUACGAACCUAGCAAAAGACCAACGUUCAAAGAGAUUAGAGAAACGUUACAUGAAAUUUUGUUAGAAGAGAAGCACCAACAACAGGAGACAAUGAGACGAGAAAAUAGAAGAGUUCAAGCCAUGUCUUGGGGUGCAGACGAAGUUCCACCGCCGAAACCUUCCAGACAGCCACAAAAUACAGCAGCAGACCCAGCACAAUUAACAGCAGCUGCGCCUGUCUCUACGUAUAUCGUAGCACAGAGCCCGGAAGUUCUUGCUCAACUUCUUAAGGAUAAUCAAACUAGGGGGGUAUGUCCCUCUGUCUACACUACUCCUGCCUCUCCAUUUAACACACUCGCUGUACAAUUUCAAGACGAAGAUCAAGUCUUGACUACUGCCGUUGUCUCAGAUUUACCCUUUUUCGAUCCGGCGAUCUCCGAGCCUACUGCUUCUCACGACACACAAUCAGGAGAUUCAACUUUGUCCGACACUAAUUUAGAUUCUCUAGAUUCCUCAGACACCGUGUCUCCCCUCAUGUCGAGUCUCAAUAUCUCAGACACAGCUCAGACACAAUCACCAGCUGCCGGUAGAAAACAACAAAAGGUUAAAGAGAUGCAAAACUUAUACGCAGUAAGCUCCAAAGUUGUCGGUAAUAUCACGGGAGAUUUAUAUUCGCCCGUGCAGAAAUUUUCAACAUCCAAUCCGAUACCCAUUACGACUACUGCUUGUGGUGAAAUUUACGGUCCCGUUGCUAAUUUUACACAAAGUUCGGCUAUCGUAGGUAAUCUCAGUCAAAGUCCUAGCGUAGGUGGUAACUUUGGUGAAAAUCCAGGCAAUUUUGGCCCUAGCAGCUUAAAUAAUCAAACUCAAUUUGUGAGUGGCACGCAUGUUCAAUCACCUAAUAUUGGUCAACACUCCACUAAUAUCACCAGCCAAGCAUAUGCUAGUGGUCAACAACCCACAAUUGCUAGUAGUUCGUCUACUUCAAAUGCUAUUACCGCUGCAGGAUCUCCUCGUAUUAAUACAGUUAACGUUCCAAUAUCUACUGCCAAUGCGGAAUGUUUGUAUGGCCCUGUUUUAAAAUUUCGAGCACAAAGUGCUCAGAGUCAAAGUGGUGGGGACAUGACAUGCGUUAGUUCAGCUACAUCAUUUGUUCCAAGUGGAAGAAGUCAAUUGGUUUAUAGUCCAACGCCAAUUCAAAACUUGCAAUCUCAACCACUUUAUCCUCAAAACUAUCAACAUCAACAAAUAUAUUCUAACGUUAAUCAAGUGGGACAACAACACAUAUACAUUCCACGAACGCAACAAACACAAAAUAUCCAACGACAAACUCCUUUACAACCACAGUCUCUCUCUUACACAUCAUCGCAACAUACGAUGCAACAAAGUCAAACAAGUAGUGCCAAUCCAAUAUAUACAGCCCAUGCCACGUCUGUUACGGUUGUUCAAGCACAAAAAGUGCAAAUGCCAAAUUAUAUACCGCAAGUGCAAAGUGGAAUGGCGAACAGCCAAUCGCCUGCAUCAUUGAACGUUACCGGAAACCAGCAUCAAUCGUUUGGAGUAACACAAGCUCAUGGUAUUCAAGCUCGUAUUGCUGCACCAGGUGUUAUGAUUCAACAAAGUAGCCAACAGCACGCUCAACCACAUGUUCCUAAUUUCAUCUUAGGUCAACAUUCUGGUUAUAUCGCUCCUACGGAACAAACGCAAGUUCAGUACAGUGCUACAGGUUUCUCGACACAGCAACAAGUGAUAAAUGCGGUUGGUGUUAAACAACAAGUAGUUCAAGUGGCACCAACGGUUGUUAAACCAUGUGCACCUCAAGUAGCAACUGGCAUAGCGAAAAUCACUACGUUCGUAACAUCGAAACAAGAUGAACCAUUGACAAGUUCUACCGACGGUACUCUAUCUGGAUCACUUAUAUCUUCUGCUGUCAGCGACAGCACCAUGUCAUCUAGCAGCUCGAUGACAGAGGAGGCACAGCAAGAUCAGAGAGGUGCACAGUCCCAAAUAUUUGACAGUGGUGCCGAUAGUUUCACUGGUAUAGAUGACGAACAAAAGUUAUUAGAACAACGACUUUUGGAACAGCAACGGCAAUCAGAAGAAGAUAGUCGUUGGCUUGCGAGAGAGGAGAAACGUUUGUCGAUCGCAACAAGUGGAGAUGAAAGUGCUAGUCCACCAAUUCCUCGUUCAGCCACGCAAUCACCAAAUCAUGAGCCUCAUACCGCAAACACAGGUUCUCUUGGUUCAGACAAAGGACCCGAGAAAGAGAAGGAAAAAGUAAUAGUCGUAAAGAAAAUGGAACCAACACCGACAGCAGAUUUGGACAGAACUAAUGAUAAAGUAUAUGAUUGUACUACCAGCGUAGUUCGGGCAGUUAUGUCUCUGUCGCAAGGCGUGCAACAGAGUAAAGCCGAUCAGUAUUUAGAAUUGGUAAGAAGAGUAGGCAUCGAAUUGAGAGCUUUACUGUCCUCCGUUGAUGCUCUUGUAGAAAUCUUACCUAUAUCUGCACACAGAGAAGUAGAGAUGGCACAUAAGGUUUUAAGUAAGGAUAUGGCUGAGCUUGUAACGGCUAUGAAAUUGGCACAAAAUUACAGUGCUACCACGUUAGAUGCAGAAUAUCGAAAGGGAAUGCUUUCUGCGGCUCAUAUUUUAGCAAUGGAUGCAAAGAACCUCUUAGACGUAAUCGACUCUAUUCGUAUUCGAUAUCCAUACGUGGAUAAUCAAAUUUGUCAAAGACAAAAUGAUAAGAAUACGUCGCGAGACUCAACGCCGGAACAUUGCAUUCGAUCGAGCCAAUCUGGUGAACAUUUUUUGAGAAGAAGCCAGUCGAGUGAAAGGCAAACAACAACGUUCAGACAAAGCCAAAGCGGAGAUCUUCUACAUCGGAUGGGUCAAUCGGUUGAUCGUUCUUUGCAGGGAAGUCAAACUGAUGUUAGCGGUGGAACCAGUUUAGAGAGGAGGCAUCACAUUGUAACGAAUAGUCUUGAACGUAAUUCAACAAGUAGAAGACAAAUGGCAACCAAUAGCUUAGAAAGAAAAAGGCCGUCAUUAUCUUGUAAUAUGGGUCCUAUGAAUAAUUCCGUUAAUCUCCCACCGAUUGUACCAGUAACAUGCAAUUUGGUUCAGACAGUGGGACCUGUUAUUCAUCCGAGUCAGUCAGUCGCGAUGGGUGUUAGUCAACAGUCAGUAUUCACUGCUAAUAAAUCUUCGAAUGAAACACCUACCAGUGACAGCUAACAAGAUGCCUUUCAUUGAGGGAUACUUUGGAAUACUACUUAGAUCGUAUGUAAAUAGACGAUAAUGUAUGAGUUACCUGUGUAUGUCCCACGAAUAUAUCGACAACAGGACAUCUAGUAUUCGUGCUUUUUAGCUCUUUUUAAUAUUUAUAUAUACAGACACUUUGUCCAGGCGUACUUAUAGAUAGGACAGUAUUCACCAGAUAUAGAAGUAGUAAACUAGAUAAUUUAAGUCACAACUAUAAAGAAUCAACUCCAAAGUUUUAGAAUUAAAGUUACUAUUUGUUAUGGCAAAUACGUGUAUGUAUGGGGUGAUGCAAAAGACGCGUGUGCUCAAUUAAGACUGCAAUUAUGCGACAACGCAUAGAGACACCCAUGUAGCAAAUAUAUCUGAUAUGCUUUUUACAGUUUCUUCUAAAGCUUGACGAAAACCAAACAUAAGUGUUCAAAUAAUGUUGCAACAUUGUUAUUUGCAUGGCUCAUAGUUCAGGAAAUUGUUUCUCUUAUUGCAUCACCUCAUAAGUAGUUGAAUAUUGCAUAUAUCGUGCAAAGGUUUGGUUUCUUGUAAGACACAAUGUUGCCACGUUGUUUUUAAUACAAGUUCAUAAUUUGAUAGUCUAUUUCCUACAUAUAGAAGUACUAUGGGGAAUAAUUAUAAUGUAAAAAAUGGGACUGAACGUUAUUUUUAUUAGCAAAUUAUUUAACGAUUCAUACCAGUUUGCAACGUUUGUACAAGAUGUUUUAUAAAAAGCGAAUCUCAUUCUCCGACAGUAAGUCAGUUCCUACAAAAUAUUUUUAGGCAAUUUCACAGAGAUGCUGCUAAUAGCUUUUUAGUGCGGUUGGCAGUAACAUUUACAUUAGUGUGUUCGAUGCUUUUUUUAAAGCAUCACCAAAUAUUCUACAAAUAAAUAGCACUUCUUUUCCACAUAUAACAUAUCCUUUAUUAAGUUCCUGGGAAAUUUGAAAUCUUAUUUAGGCAACAUUCUUAAAUGAAUGUAUUAAUAACAUCGAUAUCACCAUACAUACUCAUACAUCGUAUUAUCAUAUUCGCACACGAUAAGAAACUUUUAACUCUGUGCUACAAUUUUUAUUAAUUCGAAAAAUCGUAUUCAUGGCUUUUAAGCCUUGAUGUGCCAAGGUGUGCUUAUGUACUCAAGACAGAAUCUUGAGUUUGUAGUGGAAAGUUUUGCCAUGACAUGUAUUGCCAUGACAUAUCUCCCAGGAACCAGUAGUAAUAUAAUGACUAAUAGUAUAAUCAUUGACACUACUACUGUUUUGAGAGCAUAAGACACUUUUUUAAAUUAUGUUAAAUGUACAUAAAAUACUAUACAAAAUUCACUUCUUUUUAUUCAGUAAAUAAUAUUGGUGAUAUAACCAAUAUAACUUCUUAAAUAUGCAUGUUUUGUCUUGUAGCAAUAUAUGUAUAUUUUUAUCUUUAUAUAGAAAAAAGAAAUUUACUUUCGUUUAUUAGAAUCUUAACUUUAAAUCACUAAAUUUGAAAGUAUAUAGCUAUCAAAAUUUUAUUCGAAUAUGAGACCAAUUUCCACCUCACGAUUCUAUAUAAGAUGCUUGUAAAAUCAUAGCAGUUAUGAGUGCCCAUAUUGUAUAAAAUAUCUUCAUUAUUAUAUUAUUAUAGAAAUAUUAAUAAAUGCUGUUCUAUGUAUGAA